UGAGUGGAGUCGGACUCGGACUCGGUCUCGGACUCGGUGGUGCUUAGCUUUUUGGUUUUGGAGUGUUAUCUCGGAGAACGGGGAUUGAUUGCGAUUUACACAAAAGAUAAAGAGAGAAGAGGAAGAGAAUCACAAGAGUAGACGGGAGAAACACAAAAAAAAGUGAGGAUCAGUGAGAAGUGGUGGAAAUGUUUACAUGCAUAGCGUGUACGAAGCAAACGGCGGAGGAAGGGGAAGAAGGUUGUGAGAGUGGCACGUCGAGUACAAAAGAAGUUGUCAAAAGUCUGAGUGCGCAGUUAAAGGAUAUGGUACUGAAGUUUUCAGGUUCUUACAAGCAGUGCAGACCUUGCACAGGGUCCAGUGCCUACAAGAAAGGACAGAGGCCAUAUCCUGACUUUGACACCAUUUCAGAAGGGGUUCCAUACCCCUAUAUUGGAGGAGCAAGCUCAACUUCAACCCCUGCUUGGGACUUCACAAGCUCCUAUAUCCCUGGUGGUAGAUCAGACCAAAGAUUUAUGGGUGGCUUGAAUGGUGAUAGGACCUCUAGAGGCCCUGAGUCAGCACCAGCAUGUGAUGUUGUUGUUGAGGAAGAGGAUGAAACCAAGGAGUGGAUGGCACAGGUGGAACCAGGUGUUCACAUUACCUUUGUGUCUCUUCCUAAUGGUGGAAAUGAUCUCAAAAGAAUUCGCUUCAGCCGAGAGAUUUUUGACAAGUGGCAAGCUCAAAAAUGGUGGGGUGAGAAUUAUGACAGAAUCAUGGAGCUUUACAAUGUCCAGAGAUUCAAUCGACAAGCUCUUAACACUCCUUCCAGAUCUGAGGAUGAGGCGCAAAGAGAUUCUUCUUACUCAAGACUGACAUCUGGACAAGAAAGCCCGGGGUCGAUGUCGUUGAAGGAAUGGACAACAAAGGAAUCACUAUAAAACCCUCAUUGAAUAACCAAUCUGAAGCUAUGGAUUCAAGGUGGUGGUCCAAACUUCCCAGCAGGAUCAUCUGUGGAAGCAUCUAGGACAACCACUUCUUCUAGAGACGAGCCUUCAAUGAGCAAUGCUAGUGACCUGGAGGCAGAAUGGAUUGAGCAAGAUGAACCUGGAGUGUACAUCACGAUCAGGCAACUAGCUGAUGGAACCAAGGAGCUUCGUCGUGUCAGAUUCAGGUAAUAUUAU